GAGCUGUCCGCCCAGGGCCGGGUAUCCGCCCCUGCAGGCUGUGGAGGGGAUGUCAGGAGACUGGCUGGCCUCUUUUCUUGGCCCCUGGCUCCUUCCAGUCUGACACUGAAGACUUUAUAAGCUUCCCCCCGACCACCCUCCACGGGCUGCACUCUCCACGGGCCCCUCUCCACGGGCCUGGGCUUGCGCCGCUUCGAGAUCAGCCUGGGGGUCGCGCCCUCCUGGUCUUGUCCACGAAGCGCCGUUCUUGGGCCGUUAGGAGCUGCUGGGAAGGGCUCUGAUAGGCCCACUCCUCUUCUCCACCCAGGAGAUGAGAAGGAGGGCAGGCCUUUUUAAUCUGAUCAGAGUGUUAACCCAUCUCUCCGCCUUGCGGUAGAACCCCUGGAUACAUUAUUUGCCCUCUCGAAAGGCAGGCUCUGAAUUUGAUUCAGGUAUAUUUCUUAAUAGCUAACCAGCACAAUGGAAAACUCAGGGAAAGCAAAUAAAAAGGAUACACAUGACGGGCCACCAAAAGAAAUUAAACUGCCUACCAGUGAAGCACUUCUAGACUAUCAAUGUCAAAUAAAGGAAGAUGCCGUGGAGCGAUUCAUGUUUCAAAUAAAGACACUUAGGAAAAAGAAUCAAAAAUAUCAUGAAAGAAAUAGCCGCUUAAAAGAAGAACAGAUUUGGCACAUACGGCAUCUACUAAAGGAACUGAGUGAAGAGAAGGCAGAGGGAUUGCCAGUUGUAACAAGAGAGGAUGUUGAAGAAGCGAUGAAGGAAAAAUGGAAGUUUGAAAGAGACCAGGAAAAAAACUUGAGAGAUAUGCACAUGCAAAUAAGUAAUGCUGAGAAACUAUUUCUUGAGAAACUCAGUGAAAAGGAAUAUUGGGAGGAGUACAAGAAUGUAGGGAGUGAACGACAUGCUAAACUCAUUACCUCCUUACAAAAUGACAUCAACACAGUUAAAGAGAAUGCAGAGAAAAUGUCAGAACACUAUAAAAUCACUCUGGAAGAUACUAGAAAGAAAAUAAUCAAAGAAACUUUGUUGCAACUGGACCAAAAGAAGGAAUGGGCCACACAGAAUGCUGUAAAGCUCAUUGACAAGGGCAGUUAUCUAGAGAUCUGGGAGAAUGACUGGCUCAAAAAAGAGGUUGCAAUUCACAGGAAGGAAGUUGAAGAAUUAAAAAAUGCUAUUCAUGAACUGGAAGCAGAAAAUUUGGUGCUUAUUGAUCAACUAUUCAACUGUAGACUUGCGGAUCUCAAGAUACCCAGGCGACUAUAUCUUACCCAAGCUGCUGGACUAGAAGUGCCACCUGAAGAAAUGUCUUUGGAAUUGCCAGAAACACAUAUAGAAGAGAAGUCAGAAUUGCAACCCACAGAAGUAGAAAGUAGAGACUUGAUGUCCUCAUCAGAUGAGAGCACUAUCUUACAUCUUAGUCAUGAAAAUAGCAUCGAAGAUCUCCAGUAUGUGAAGAUAGAUAAAGAGGAAAACUCAUGCACAGAGUUUGGGGACACUGAUAUGAAGCACUUACUAUAUGAGGAUGAGAAGGAUUUCAAGUUGUCUGCCUAAAAUCAGUUUAAUCUUCGCUUCAAGUUACAUCUGCCCCAGAACAAAUACCAUAGAAGGAACUUUCAUUAACAGUGUUGUCAGUUUCAUACAGCUUUCAUGCAACUACGUCUGCAUACUACAUCAACAACAAAUGGGACACAACGAGUGCUUAUGCUAAAAUUAGGAAUACUAGCUAGAAACACAGAAAACCUUUUGGAUUGGUGAUACUUCAAAUAGGACAUUACUUCUUAGUAACAGCAAGAAAUCAGCUUAAUGUUUUCAGCGAGAGACAGCAUGGAUGAUAAUGCAGCCUUUCUUUUCCGAAACUUCAGACAGCAGAAUUCCAGAAGGGCUAGUCACACCCAUGGAAGGCAGCAAGUGUGGCAGAACAAAGAUCUAAGCUGACUGCAGAGGCCACUGAUGAAAGCUGUGAAAUAUCUUUCCUGGAAGGCAAGAAUAAAUUCAUCUGGCUUACUGCUGUGGUGUCUCCAUACAUUGUGACCUAGUCACUGCUAGCACACAGGAGCCACACUCACUCUUAAGAGAGAUUUUUUUCUCUGUGGAAUUUUGUAGAAUAAGCAAACAGAGUUUGGAAGCGUGUUCGUGAGUUACGAUAAAUGAGAAGAACCUUGAAAUUAUUUUUAGUUCAAGAAAAACAUCCCAUUAAGGCCUAUUUCUCAUAAGUCACAUUUUGUUGGCUUCUGGAAAAGCAGAAGAUUCCUAGGCUAACAUAAGGAAGUCCUCUUCCUAAAUAUGUAUUCUCACAGUCACUGGUUAAGAAAGGGAUACCUUUUUAAAAAUGCUGAAUGCUGAUAGAUGUUAAAUCAAAGGCAAAUAAUUUUGAAAACGAUUUGGGACAGGUAUAGUUGUCUUCUGCUUACAAUCUUCUCUCUUAUCUCAGCCAAUACCUACUUGCUAACUGGAUAGUAAAAUGACAUGAGCAUGUAUGAGUUUACAGCCU